UGAUAGAGACUACUGCUCCGCUUCUAAUCUGGCAGACAGCAUAGGAGAGCGAGUGUGCGAGGGAGAGGGAGAGAGAGACAGAGGCAGAGAGAGAGAUUUCUCCCCACGCACCGGGUCCACAUUUGCACGAUGGCAUCAGAUCCAGGGCUCUUGCCCCUCUUAGUGUGGACUAUAUCAAUGCAGGUUCUGGGGUCCAGAGGAACUGCUAGUAACGAAGUGAAUAUCCUGGACACAACGAAAAUAUCAGGAGACUGGGGCUGGCUCACAUAUCCUUCACAUGGGUGGGAUGCAAUCAACGAAAUGGACGAGUAUUUCACUCCCAUCCAUACGUACCAGGUGUGCAAUGUCAUGAGCCCGAGCCAAAACAACUGGCUCCGAACCAACUGGAUCCAGCGAGACGGCGCCCGCCGUAUCUACAUCGAGAUUAAAUUCACGCUGCGCGACUGCAACAGCAUGCCAGGAGUACUCGGCACCUGCAAGGAGACCUUUAACGUCUACUACUACGAGACUGACCGGGAUAUUGGCACGAGCAUCUGGGAGAGUCAAUUUUCCAAAAUCGACACCAUCGCGGCUGACGAAAGUUUCACAAAUGUGGACCUAGGGGUGCGAAGACUCAAACUUAACACUGAAAUUCGUGGCGUGGGGCCACUUAGCAAACGCGGCUUCUACUUGGCUUUCCAGGAUAUCGGAGCUUGCAUUGCUAUCGUGUCGGUGCGAGUUUACUUUAAACGUUGCACGGGCAUGUCGCGGAAUCUUGCUGUCUUCACGGAUGUGGUAACAGGGGCAGAUUCGUCCUCACUCGUGGAGGUCAGAGGUCAGUGUGUGGACCAUGCAGAAGAAAGAGACACGCCCAAGAUGUACUGCAGCGCGGAGGGGGAGUGGCUUGUGCCUAUUGGGCGAUGCGUGUGUAGUGCCGGGUUUGAGGAACAUAGAGAUAGCUGUAUUGCCUGUGAGAUGGGUUUCUACAAGCCAGCUGCAGGUAAUCAGCUGUGUGGGAAAUGUCCCCUCCACAGUCACUCUGAGACCAGAGCUGCUCUAACCUGCCCAUGUGAUGCCAACUUCUACCGUUCUUCUACAGACCUUCCUGCUUCUCCCUGCACAAGACCUCCUUCAGCUCCAGUAAACGUCAUCUCAUCUGUGAACGGCACCUCGGUCAGUCUGGAGUGGGGCUCACCUCUGGACACAGGGGGCCGCAGUGAUGUCAUCUAUGAUGUUCAGUGCCAGAAGUGUGACAAAUAUGGAACGCAUUGUGAAGACUGUAGGGUCGGUGCUGUUGGGGGCAUCGGGGCUGGGAACGUCAAUGGAGCUGUUGGAGACACGACUGGAGCUGCUGGCGAAACAGUUGGAGGAAUUAUGAAUGGGGUUUUGGUGGCCCGGACUAGAGUGGCUCCAGUGCGGUUUAUCCCUCAACAGAUGGGACUUACGGAACCCUGGGUGACGGUCUUGAACCUCGCCGCUCAUGCCAACUACACCUUCCGUAUUGAGGCGCUGAACGGAGUCACACACCUGAGCAAUGAGCAACCACAAUCUGUGAUGGUCAAUAUCACCACAAAUCAGGCAGCUCCAUCUCAAGUGAUGGCUAUCCGACAAGAAAACGCCAGUCAGAACAGCAUUACUCUUUUCUGGCAUGAACCAGCCCAGCCCAAUGGAGUUAUAUUGGAAUAUGAUAUCAAAUAUUAUGAAAAGGACAAUGAGCAGCAAAGUUAUGCUACACUAAAGUCAAAGAAUACUAGUGCUAAAGUUUCAGGACUGAAGCCCGAUACAAGCUACAUCUUCCAGAUACGGGCGAGAACUUCUGCUGGCUGUGGCCGUUUCAGCCAGUCAGUGGAGAUACAAACCGGUAAAGCAACUCCCCUGCGAUAUACCAACAUGACAGUUAUCUGGAUCUGCAUGGUUUUGGUAUCAGGACUGGUGACAUUUCUGGCCUUUGUCAUCUGCAGAAAACGGCAAGAGGAGCGUUGUGGGUACAGCAAAGCUUUCCAGGACUCAGACGAGGAGAAAAUGCACUACCAAAAUGGCCAUGUAUCAUUUCCAGAAGCCAGAUUUUAUAUUGAUCCCCACACAUAUGAGGACCCCUGCCAGGCUGUCCACGAGUUUGCCAGAGAAAUUGAAGCUUCCAGGAUCAAAAUAGAGAAAAUCAUUGGUUCAGGAGAGUUUGGUGAAGUAUGCUAUGGGCGGAUGAAACUGCCAGGAAAACGUGAUACUCCGGUGGCUCUGAAGACUCUUAAAGCUGGAUACACAGAGAAACAGAGAAGAGAUUUCCUCAGCGAGGCCAGCAUCAUGGCACAGUUCGACCACCCUAACGUUAUACACCUGGAGGGGGUUGUUACUCGCAGCAAACCGGUAAUGAUCAUCACAGAGUACAUGGAGAAUGGCUCACUGGACUCUUUCCUCAGGAAACAUGAUGGUCAGUUCACCAUUAUUCAGCUGGUCGGGAUUCUUCGUGGUAUAGCUGCCGGCAUGACUUACUUGGCCAAUCUGGGGUACAUCCACCGUGAUCUGGCUGCCAGGAACGUUCUGGUCAACAGUAAUCUAGUGUGCAAGAUUUCAGAUUUUGGUCUGUCACGUGUGCUAGAAGAUGACCCUGAUGCAGCCUACACCACGAGUGGAGGAAAGAUCCCAAUCCGUUGGACGGCCCCUGAGGCUAUUGCUUAUCGAAAGUUCUCGUCCUCCAGUGAUGUGUGGAGUUAUGGAGUGGUUAUGUGGGAAGUGAUGUCAUAUGGAGAACGGCCAUAUUGGAACUUGACCAACAGAGAUGUAAUCAAGUCUGUAGAGGAGGGCUACAGACUCCCUGCACCCAUGGGCUGUCCCGGUGCCCUCCACACCCUCAUGCUGGACUGCUGGCAGAAAGACCGCAAUGAAAGACCCAAAUUCUGCCAGAUCGUCAUGGUCCUGGACAAGCUGAUCCGGAAACCAGAGAACCUCAAGUCAAUGGACACAUUGUGCAGACUAAACAGUACUUUAAUGAACAGAAGUAUUCCUGAUUUCACCAGCUGCAGAUCGGUGGAUGAGUGGUUGGACACCAUUAAGAUGGGCCGUUAUAAGGACCGCUUUGCUGCAGGAGGGUACCUGACUCUAGGGCAUGUGAUGAGCAUGAAACAACAAGACAUCCAGAGGUUGGGCGUCACAUUAAUGGGCCACCAGAAGAAGAUCAUGACCAGUGUUCAGGUGAUGAGGGCCCAGGUACUGAACCAGAGCGUUCCAUCAGUGCACAUAUAAUCAUGGACCUCUCUGCCUUAUCAGAAUAUAAAUACAUAUUGAUCUGAUACGUGUCUGGGUCGUGUGUAUGAACUUCAAAAGACUACUUCCCCUUCCUAAAACAGAACCUGACAUGGACUUCUACUGGGAUGAGAAUGAAUGCAACACAUGAGUUUUUUUGCUUCAAUAGGACAUCCUGAAACCAUCCCUUUUUCUCUAUACUUUCUUUUGUAAAUGUAUGAUGGACUGCCUUAAACGACACAAAUAAUUUAAAUAUUGUUGUACAUGGAUAAAGAUUUUAUGAAUAACAGAGUCAUGAAUAUGUAAUGAGUGGACCUAAUGAAUAUUAAAAAAGAUGGACAUGAAUAUGCAUAGUGUUAAAGUUUUGCCACACCCACCACAGCACCACAAUGGCAUGGAUGAAACUAUGAGUACCUCAAGUGCUGAUAUUCAAAGCCGAAUAUUAUGACGAAAACAAUAUCGUAUUGGAAUGAACUUGAAAGGUGAAGUGUGUAAUUUCUGCAUCACUAGCGAUACAAAAUGGAAUUGCAAAAGUUAUUCGGAAAGCAUGCCAUUAGUCGGAAAACAGGUUUGAGCCAAUGUUGUUGUUCAUACAAACAGCAAUAUUGUUAUAGUGCCACAGUGUUUACAUUUUUGGUGAAGUCAACCUAUGACUUGCUUAACAGGGCUGGGGAGUAACGAAAUACAUGUAACGGGAUUACGUAUUUAAAAUACAGUUUAAAUCAUUGGUAAUUAGAAUACAGUUACAUUCAAAAAGUAUUUUGAUUACUGAAGAGAUUACUUUGCAUUUUAUUGUCAAUUGUUUCAUUUAAUAUUUUGUCCUUUCAGAUGAAAACAUUUAUCCAUAUAAAUGAUGCGAUCCAAAGUGCAUUUGAACAGCGGUGAAACACUUUCUUAUGAUGCGUUACAUUCAUACGAACAGACAGAGAAGUAAGUUUGAAGUAAGUUUGGAGCAGAAGAAAUAGAAAUAAACCUUGUGUAAAUUGUCAGCUUUACGCUAAGCUAAAAUGCUAUUUCUAGCCAUUUUACAUGCACAUGUUACCAGACACGAUCAUAAUUUUUUAUCAAGAAAAUUCAUGUUGGAUCAUAAUUUCUUUUUUUCUAGUAAGACCUUUGAUAUUAGGGCAAACAUUUUAUUCUUGAUAAUAAUUUUUGUAUUGUUUUCCUGUAAAAAUAUCAAAAAAAUCCUUAAAACAAGAUCAAUUUGGUUGAUCUUGUUUUAGAAACAACACUGCAUAAGAUAUUUAGGUUUUUCAGAGAAUGUAUUUUUAACAUGUGCAUUUUGUCUUACUGUACUGGCAGAGUUUUUAUAGUAAAAACAAGUGAAAAAAAUCUACCAGUGCUGAAGAAGUAAUCCAAAGUAUUUAGAAUACGUAACUGACCUUGAGU